AUGAUGCUCACCACUCGAGAUCGUGAGAAUAGAGUCAAUGCUCUCCAAGGUGCCAAGGGUGGAUUCUCGAAAACCCCAGGUGGGAAACUCAACGAGAAUGAGGUCUCUGCCAUGAAUUUGGGCGGAAAGAGUGGCUUUAAGGCCCAAGCCGAUGCCUUCAAAACUCCACUCGGACCUCGUGGCCGUGUCCCUCUUGGCGGUAAGGAUACGAACGUAAAGGCCAAAACCAUCAUUACGUUCAAUGAUCCAUCGCAGACCAACAAGCCAGAGAAGACAACUCCUUCUUCUAUCAAAAAGCGCACUCGACGCCAGACUCGCCUCUCUGUCACUCAAGCUAAGGAGCUCACCGAAGAAGAGGAGGAUGUCCCCGAGAUCGAGUACAUGCCUCCAGCUCCUAAGGAAUUGCCCGACAUUCCUGAAGACUAUGUCCGAAUUGAUAUGGGAAAGGUUAAGCAAACCUUAUUCAAGGAUGUCCAGUCUACUCCCAAUUACACUGCCAAGCAGCGUAGCCAGUUCAAGAAACUCACCUAUCAUGAUGAAAAGAAAGAAGAGGAAGAUGUCCUCAAACAAAUCGACUCUCUUGUCAGCGACAUGAAAGCCGGACUUGCUACCGAAGGCACCCAACCUGUCAUCAAGAGGAAGGCUUCAAACUAUUCUGGGGCCACCAAGUCCUCCCUUGCCAAGAAGGGUCCAACUCGUCCAGCUUCUUCCAAUUCUGUUAGGCCACCUUCUGCCGGCGCUGUUAGACCAUCAUCCGCUACCUCAGCCCGACCACCAUCUGCUGGCGCUGUUAGGCCAUCGUCCGCCGCUUCUGGUCGGGCAGCUGCCUCGGGAAAGUCACGUUGGGCUACCGGUACCAGGACCAAAGAACUCGUCCCUGUCGCUCCCAAGGAGCCAAACCCAUUGUGUGUAGAACCCUACUACAAUGACCCAAAUCACUACUACAAGGACCCCAAGCCAGAUAGCAACGGCGUAUUCCACCCCCUCGGGAAGAAUGGGCGUUACUCUGCUACGUUGACAAAGAAAACCGCUCCAAUUCUUGAUGAAGAAAUGUCUAAGGUCUUGGACGACCUCGAUGCUGGCAUUCAUGACUAUCGGGACUUCGAUUUCCCAGCCAUGGAGGAGGACGUCCUUCGCCGAGCUGAGAAGCCUGUUUACCCUCAAAAGUACGACUUCGAAGCUCGUAUGCGAGAUCUUUUCCGCAUGGACGAUCCAGAAGAUGAUGAGGUCUACCAGAUCUCUUUGGACGAUUAG